AAAAUCAAGAAUUGGUAUCGUGUUCUGGCCCAUUUGACAGAUUUACAAUUGAAAGUGAAGCAGAUAUGAAGAAGGCAUCGGCAGUGGCCGGGGGCGGCAGGGACAGGCUAGGAUCUACAGGAUCUACAGGUUCGUUUACGACGCCAAGUAGUGGAAAUAGAAUAUCAGGCGCUCCUGAUAUAGCUAUAGUGGAUCAUCGACUAUUGACGUAAAAAUAGAUUGGCUGGUAAAAAUUGUAAAAGAAAUAAAAGAUGAAACAGCAUGUAAGAAGGAAAUUAAAAUGAUGGUUAAGGAAAUAGUUCGAGAAGAAUUGGGAAUUGUUAAGCAGGAACUGCUAGAAGAGUUGAAAAGAAUGAUACAGGGAGAAGUAUGUGGAGAGAAAAAGAAAGAGAAUGUUAUAAUUAUCAAACCCAAGAUUCAACAAGAGAGUGAAGUUACAAAAAAAUUGAUAAAAGAAAAGGUAGAUAUCAAAAACAUGGCGAUGGGAAUAACGAAGCUAAAAAAAGGAAGCAAGGGGACAGUGAUCAUGGGUUGUGAAACUGGAGAAGAAAUGAAAACGUUGAAAGCCACAGUGCAGGACAAACUAGGAGAAAAUUUCAAAGUUACGGAAUCACCGCAGAUGAAGCCCAAAACAAAAAUUAUCAAUGUUAGCGAAGAAGAAAUGAUAUUGGAUGAUGAUGACUUAAUAACUACAAUUAAGAAGCAGAAUAGAAUUGAUGCAAUAAAUGAUGGAUUCCAAAUGCGAAUAGUAAAAAAAUAGUUACAGAAAAAAGAAAUGAUAAUAAUCAACUUAGAAGAAGAGAAAAAGAAGAAGGUUCGAUAAUAAUUGAAGUAGA